AUGCGGAUGAAGACAUGGACGGAACACCAAAGGGAUGAUCCCUCACGUUCCCUCGGCGUGGAGCUUGGAAAGAACGGGCGCGGCCCGAUUGCGUUUGCUGGUGCGGUGGAGCACGUUCUUCGAUGGAGUUCGAAAUCGAUUUCAGAAGCGGUGGAUGAGCUUUCAGCUCAAUUCACCGAAGAUCUACCACAGAUUACAGACAGAGAAGAACAGCGUCGCAGCGAACACUCACUGAGCCACUACAGCAACAGCAACAGCAAAGGAAGAAGAAGAGACCCUCACAAGCUCUUUUCCCCCCAACGGUCGCACGGAAGCAAACAAUACAUGCGACCCACCAUAGCUACAAACAAGCAAAGAAGCAAACGAACAACCGACGGACCAUGCAGAAAACGUACCCGUCACCGCUGUAAGCCAUUCCUUUUCCUCCCACAGACUAUUAUUUCUGUCCACCCGCUCCAAUUUUCAAGGCACGCGGUGGAUACAGACAGGUACAACAAAUUAGCAUUCCUCCAUAUCGCUCGAUAG